GUCGCAUUGUCUCCCUCUCCCAUUCAUUCUUCCGAAGUUGGAUCGCCAGCAUGAAAACUGUCAUUGCAACAACUGUUCUCGUGGUUGUGAUGGGGGCAACUUACGGCUUCUCUGCCCCAGGGAGGCAUGGCUCUGCCCUCCGAGCUGCUAGGGAGGCAAAGGAACAGCCCUUGCUCGAAUUAAGAGGGAUAUGCAUGAACAUAAUGAAACCCAUUGGCACGAAGAGGAGCAUCAUGAUCAGGACUAUGAUGACAGCCAUGAGCACGAUGAUGACGACGAGGGGCACCAUGAUGACAGCGAUGAUCACGAAGGGGAGCACCACGGUCUUGGCCACAACGGAACCCAUAUCUAUAACGCUACGGAGCAUCACGGAGAGGGGCACCAUGGUGAUCAGGACUAUGAUGACAGCCAUGAGCACGAUGAUGACGACGAGGGGCACCAUGGUGAUCAGGACUAUGAUGACAGCCAUGAGGACGAAGGGGAGCACCACGGUCUUGGCCACAACGGAACCCAUACCCAUAACGCUACGGAACAUCACGACAGUGAUGAGCAUCACGGAGAGGGGCACGAUGGUGAUCAGGACUAUGAUGACAGCCAUGAGGACGAAGGGGAGCACCACGGUCUUGGCCACAACGGAACCCAUAUCCAUGAUGCUACGGAAGAUCAUGGCAGUCAUGAGCAUCACCAUGGUCAUUCUACUGUCCCUGUCGCCAUUGCCCCAUGACUGUUUUGGCGACAAUAAGGACGAUGGGGAAGGUGACAACGACAGCGAGAAAGAUUACUGAUCUUAUAUUACACUGAUAUAUUGUAUGCUGUAUACAUUUGCAAAUGCUAACAGAUAAAUGAUAUUAUAUGGAUGACAAUGGUGAAAAUAAUGAUAGCAUCAAAUUGUCAUAUUAUAAGAAAUAAGAAAAAAGGUAUUGGCAAGAUAAUCUUAUGAAAUAAAUGUAUAACGAUGAGAAAAUGAUAAGUAAAAUGAAUUCAGGAUUAACUAAUACCAAAAUAUGUCUACUUCUCAUUUUAUUUAUUUCACUGUAUAAGUAACGUAUAAACGGAUAUUCAAAAUCAGUGCUGUAUUGUAAAAGAGAGAUGAAUAAAGUUGAUGAAUGCA